CGCCUGGCGCAAUUUUAGUUGAGCAGCAAGCCGAGCGCGUGAACAUAAAUGCACCGGCGCCUGUGCUUAGCUUCCUCGCCAACCCAAAUCAACGGGCACUACCACGGCGCUGCCUGACUGCCUCACGCUGCUACAGGACUCCUCCUAUCUUCACCAAAAGUCGUCGCGCGAUGGACCCCGUACUUCGACUCUGGCUGCUCAAUCCCCCGGCCUCGCCUCUCCUCUCCUCUCCUCUCCUCGCUGCUAGGUUGUCAUGCAUCCUUCCCCCAACCACCUAAAUUAACUCCACGAGCGCUCACAGAUUUUCGCUCCAACCAUUGUCCAGCCCGCUUGAUCGGGUUCAGUUCAGUUGCUAUAUAAGCAAGGCACCGUCCUUCGCUUCAAGCAUCACAAAAGCAACACCACAACUUAAUCCAGUGAGUUGUUCAGCUAGCUUCUCAUGGGGAGGGUGGCGAGGUGUGUGCGGUUCUCCAUGCUUGCAGCAUUAGCCGUUGCACUUGUUCUUGGAGUGGUCUCCGAGGCAAGGCUCUUGGAGAAGCAGAACUUAGGCGGUGGAGGAGGCUUUGGAGGUGGCGGUGGCUUUGGUGGUGGAGGUGGGCUUGGUCAUGGUGGAGGUCUUGGCGGUGGGUUUGGAGGCGGUAAAGGAGGUGGUCUAGGUGGAGGCGGUGGUCUUGGUGGAGGUGGAGGAUUUGGUGGUGGUGCGGGUGGUGGUCUUGGUGGAGGGCUUGGCCAUGGUGGUGGUCUCGGUGGAGGCCUCGGUGGUGGCGGUGGGGCCGGUAGUGGCCUUGGUGGAGGACUUGGGCAUGGCGGCGGUCUCGGUGGAGGCCUCGGAAGUGGUGGCGGUCUAGGCGGUGGAGCCGGGGGUGGUCUUGGUGGUGGAGCUGGAGGUGGUCUAGGUGGUGGUGCAGGUGGAGGAGGCGGACUCGGAGGAGGUGGGGGCCUAGGCGGUGGCGCGGGAGGUGGACUCGGUGGUGGUGCCGGAGGAGGCGGUGGCCUAGGCGGUGGUGCCGGAGGUGGUCUCGGUGGUGGUGCAGGUGGAGGUGGUGGACUCGGCGGUGGUGCCGGGGGAGGAGGCGGACUCGGGGGUGGUGCCGGAGGAGGCGGUGGUGCCGGAGGUGGUCUCGGUGGUGGUGCCGGAGGAGGAGGCGGACUCGGGGGUGGUGCCGGAGGAGGAGGUGGUUUCGGGGGUGGUGCGGGUGGAGGUGGUGGACUUGGGGGUGGCGCUGGAGGAGGUGGUGGCCUAGGUGGUGGUGUGGGUGGAGGAGGUGGACUCGGCGGUGGCGGUGGUGCCGGAGGCGGAUUUGGUGGUGGCGCUGGAGGUGGUGGUGGACUAGGCGGUGGUGGUGGCAAAGGUGGUGGUCUUGGCGGAGGGUUCGGUGUCGGGGGAGGAUCCGGAGGCGGUGCGGGUGGCGGCUUUGGUGGGGGCGCCGGUGCAGGUGGUGGUGGCGGCUUGGGCGGCGGAGGUGGUGGAGGCUUUGGAGGUGGUGGUGGCAUCGGUGGAGGCCACUAAUGAUCAUGCAUGAAUGGGUUGUCCCGUUUACAUGGUAUAUGCAUGAAUGGAGUACAUAAAGAACAUAUAUGAUCGAUUAAGCUUGAGGAAAUAUAAUUUUGUGUUUGCAAAUCCUUAUUCAUCAUCUUCAUAAAGGAAUAAAGUAAUUGAGUUUUUAUGUAUGCAAUCA